UCCCUUUUCUUUCUCUCUCUAUUUUUCUCUACCGCUUUUCUCUGCAACUUGUCCUCUUUUUAUAUGGUGAAUUUAUUGAAACAGAGAAAGUCUUUUAGAGAGAAAGAGUAAAAGAAAGAAAGAAACAAUGGCAAAACAGAGCCAAAGCGCUUUACUCAGUGGCUUCACUGAGGAGGAGAUUGAGACUGCUAAUACCAUGCUCGAGUUUCAUCAACAAUUCGUUGAAUUCAAAACACACCCACAAAUUCAGUCAUGGGUCGGCCUUAAACGGAGAUCUAAGAGACUUCCCAGACAAUCAUUGGGCUGUUUUCAUUUCAGUUUGUCUUCUUCACCGGCGUUUACUCAUGGCGGUGUUGAAGUGGGUCCUACUUCUAGUCCUACAUGUAAGACUGAGGCUGCAACUGUGGCGGUCAAGGCUGGAACUUUGAGCCCCGUGACCCCUCUUUCAUUCUCUCUCAGUAGUGAAUCUGAUGACAAGCCCAAGAACGCUCUGAAAUUCAAAAUCGUUAAAAGGAAGAGAGAGGACUGGUUGGAGAUUACGGAGGGGUUAACUCAGAGCAGGGAUUAUCUAAAGAGGGAGAUAGGGAAUGCAAUGCGUUGUUACGAUGGGCUGAAGGCUUUCAAUUUGGAGUUGAAAGCAAGAAAACAUGAGUUUUGUCAUGGCCAUAUGAAGGAAAAUCCAUAUUUGGAAGAUGGCAAAAGGUUCAAGCUUGCAAAGGGUUUUGUUCAAGUGCAACCCACAGUCAACUCUCUCAUCAAUGCUCAAAAUCAAGAUCAUCAACAGCAAAUUCACAGUGUGGUUAGGCAGAAACUGUUCAUUGUGAAUCAGAGGGUUCAAAGAUCAGAAAUUGAUGAGAAACUUCAACACCCAAUUAACCAAAUGCACUCCUCUCUGCCAACUAGUCCUGGAUUUGGCUACGUGGUCAAGAACGAUGUGGACCCAUCUAGUCUUCCUGAUCUUAACGUUUCUAUAGAGGACAAUGUUGGCGCGGGCUCUUCUGGACCUUUUGAUCUCACAGUGGCCAGCAGGAUUUCAUAUAAGGCUAUGGCAGCACAAGCUAGACAGAGAAGGAUACAGAUCUGUAGGGUCAAGAAACUCCAGUGCCGCUAAUAUAAGACAUUGUUUUUAUUUUUCUUUAUUGCUUUUUGAUUUACCCUAUUAUAUAUAUAUAUGGUUAAUUGCG